AUGGAGAGUUCUACUGCUUUUUCGCUUUGCGUCAUUCUACAUGAUGCAGUAAAAGAGUUCAAAAUACUAGCAAAUGUUGUUGACAUUAUGAGGAAAAAGAAACAGAGAAUCAAUUUAAAUUAUUCAGAAGCCGAAGAAUUUGUUCUUAAACAAAUGAAUAAAAUACUGGAAAAAUACUCGUUUAAAUACAAUAUGCAUAUGAAGGUGCUCAAGGAACUACAGAAGAGUUCCAAAAUUACGGAGUAUCCAUCGACUGCGACAGUCGUUGAAGACUCGUUCUUUUCCACAAAGUACAUGGAGAAAUUAAUGAAGGAAAUAUUUUGUUUAAUUGAUGUUCUUGAAAAAUUGGCAGAAGAAAUUCAAAAUACGGGGUCAUGUGAUUCAUUGCAACAAUCAGUUGACAAAGAAGAAUCAGAAUUCAAAGAUAUAGAACAUAUUCUGGAAAGAGAACGUCAAGCUCGUGAGAAAAUCAAGGAAAUGAGACAUAAGAUUCAAGAAAAGAAUGAAGACGGUAUAAAAACUAUUGAACAAGGCAAAGAAACUAUAGCAUAUUUAAAGGAUCAAGUCCAGGAAAUGAAAGCUAAAAUAAUUAUGGAAGAAAAAUAUAUAACACGUUAUUCUGCAGUAAAAUUAGAAGAAUUCCAAAGUCAAUGUGAUCAAAAAGAAAAUGAAAUCAAACAUCAACUAGAUUUCGUUCAAUCAAAUCGUAACACAGAAGAACGAGUUCAUGCAGAGAUUACAUCUUACUUAAAUGAUCGUAUAUCAUACUUAAGAAAGCAUGAAAAAUUCUGGAAAGAAAAGUCUGAUAAAGAUAUUACUCAGUUCAAACAAGAGUUAAAUGAGCUCAAAGACAAAAAAGAGAAGAACUUAACUAAACUUAGUGAAUUAUCUUUAUUGUAUAAAGAAUAUGAAGCCGUAGUUCUGUCUGAUCGAAUUGAAAAAGAGAAAGCUCGUCAAAGAGAAGAACAAGAAGAGUUAGAAUUAUUUGCAGCUUGUAAAAUUCAAAAUUGGUGGCGUACUGUUUGCGUUCAACAUAAUCUUGGUCCAAUUUCAGCGAUCCAUACUCUCAUCAUAUGGUACUUUGGGAUAUUCGUCCGUCCGUGA